AUGGACGAUUUAGAUUUUGAGCAAUUCCAGCGAUACAUACAAUAGGAGCAUCAUCAAAGUUAUAAGCAUGAUUCCAAGUUGAAUGACAAAGAAAAGGAUCGCGGACAUGAUAAAAAUAAAGAUAAGCAUAAUAGGGAGAGUCAUAAGGAAAGAGAAAAGGAGAGGGAGAGGGAAAGGGAUAAGAGUGCAGAAAAAAAGAAAAAGAAGAAGGAGGAGAAAAAGGAUAAGAAAAAAAGAUCAAGAUCAGCAUCAAAAUCAUCGAAGAAAAAAAAGAGCAAGAAAGACAAGGAUAGAGAAAAAGAGAAAGAAUAACAUUAAUAAGCAAUUACCACUUAGAUAUUAAUGACUAAUGAUAUCUAAAAGAAGAGGGAAAUAGCUAAAUAGAGGAAAAUUGAAAUUAUGGAAGCAGAAAUAAGAGAGUUGGAAAGGAAAAUUGUUGAAGUAGAAAGAGAACUAGAAGAGGCUCAUAGAUAGGAUUUGACUGUUUUAAUGUAUUGUUUGCCAUUGAAAGCAAAAGAAAAGCACAUAUAUUAGUUUUUCCAAACCUUCAAUUGCGGCAAAAUUAGAGAUAUCAGAAUUAUAAGAGAUCAAAAAUCAGGUAGAUCUAGAGGAGUAGCAUAUGUUGAGUUUUAUUAAGAGGAAUCCAUUCCCAUGGCCCUAGCACUAAAUGAUAGAUUGUUUAUUAUGGAUGGUCAAUAAGUAGGCACAAUUCCAGUUAAAAUAUAAUUGAGUUAAGCUGAAAAAAAUAGAGCUGCCAGAGAUUAGAAGAAUAUGCAAAUUAAAUAAAACAAACUAUAAUCCAUCUAAGACUUACAAAAUAUGAAUGGUCCUGCAAGAGUUCAAAUUACAGGCAUGGCUGAGCAACUCUAAAAAAUUAAUGAAGAAGACAUAAGAGAAGCUUUUGUGCCCUUUGGUACUAUUGACACUGUAGAAAUCCCCAAAGAUGAAUAAGGAAGGAUGACAGGAGUUCUUUAUGUUACUUAUGAAAAAGCAGAAUCAGCGAGGAAUAUGAUUGAAGUCAUUAACAAUUAGCAAUUUUUAUUGAAUGGAAAACCCAUAAAAGUUUAGCUGGUUUCUGGGGCCAAUAAUUAUAUGGACUUAUAAUUAGAUGAUGAUUUAGUUUAGAAUCCUGUAAUGAGAAUUACCCUCAUGAAAAAAUUAAUGGAUGACAACUUAAUUGAUAAUAUCAAUUUACCUCCUUUGAUGUCAUAAUUAGGCUUAACUGUUCAAAGAAUCCUAAAUAUUAUACAAUCUCCUAAUCCCUCUUUAGGUUGUAUAUCAGGUUGGAUGCCUCUUAAACACAAUCCACCGGCUUGUCCAUGCAUCACCAAAGUCAUUGUAUUGACUAAUAUGUGGACUGAUUUGGAAAUUUCUAAUUAAGCUGCCAUUGUAGAACUAAAAGAAGAAGUUGAGAAUGAAUGCAAAAAGUAUGGUGAAAUUGAGAUGGUAUGGGUUGAUAAAAAGAAUGAAGGAAAUGUUAUUGUUGUAUUCAAAUAAUGGGAAGCUGCUAAAUAAGUAAAUGUAUUAAUGAACAACAGAAAAUUCGGCAAUAAAGUUGUUUAAAGUUAUUUCAUUACAGAAAGUCAAUUCAUGAGCAUCAUCAAAUGA